CACAAAUGCACCAAUGUGCCAACCAGUUGUGUGAAGUUGAUUGGCAUUGAUGACAAACCUAUAGGAAUGAUGAAUGAUAGCCAUGGAAUAUCACAGAACAAAGACUUAGAGACAGCUCUUACUCAUUAUAGAACUUCUGGCACAUUGACUUUUUUGGUGGUGGUGGCGCUUUCUAAAGGGCAAAUUCAUUGCUUCGCCUGUGUUCCAUGCCGCAGAAACUAUAAAAGGCGGGCUGGCGCAUUCGCUCACGUCCCCAGAACUUUUCUAAUCUCUUUCUCUCUUUCUCAGCCCGGUCAUUACUAUUGUCUAUACCAAACCCAACCCCACCAAUAUACAGCAUUUUAUAAUUUACAACAACUCAUAUUAUGGCCCACAACAGCAGUAGUCAAGCUAAAGGAAAGCUUGUUGAGAAUGCAUCCAUUAGUGCCCCCAACCCUGACCCAGAGCACGACCCCGCCACAGCCAUUCUUCGCAAAAAAUCUGCCCCCAACAAACUCAUUGUGGACGACGCCACUAAUGAUGACAAUUCAGUCCUUGCGUUGUCUACUGCUACCAUGGAGAAGCUUCAGUUUUUCCGUGGAGACAUGGUUCUCGUGAAAGGAAAGAAGCGUCGUGAUACUGUCUUGAUUGUCCUGGCAGAUGACAGUGUUGAGGAUUCGAAGGUUCGAAUCAACAAAGGUAAGUUGCGAAACAACCUUCGUGUGCGUCUUGGUGAUGUUGUUUCGCUUCAUACAUGUACAGAUAUCAAAUACGGCAAGCGUAUUCAUGCCCUUCCUAUUGAUGAUACUGUCGAGGGCGUCACUGGAAAUUUGUUUGAAGUCUAUUUGAAGCCAUACUUUUUGGAAGCUUACAGGCCUGUUCGCAAGGGCGACUUAUUUUUGGUCCGCGGAGGCAUGAGGGCUGUCGAGUUCAAAGUCGUGGAGACAGAUCCAGCCGAGUAUUGUAUUGUCGCACAAGAUACCGUAAUUCACUGUGAAGGCGAACCCAUUAAGCGUGAAGAUGAGGAGUCUAAUCUAGCUGAUGUUGGAUACGAUGACAUUGGAGGAUGUCGCAAACAGAUGGCUCAGAUCCGUGAAAUGGUUGAGCUUCCCUUACGUCAUCCUCAACUUUUUAAAUCGAUUGGUAUCAAACCACCUCGCGGAAUUUUGAUUUACGGCCCCCCUGGAACAGGAAAGACUCUAAUGGCACGUGCGGUUGCUAACGAAACUGGAGCCUUCUUUUUCUUGAUCAAUGGACCUGAAAUCAUGUCCAAGAUGGCAGGGGAGAGCGAAAGCAAUCUGCGAAAGGCAUUCGAGGAGGCUGAAAAAAACAGUCCUGCCAUUAUCUUUAUUGAUGAAAUUGAUUCGAUUGCACCCAAACGUGAAAAGACAAACGGAGAGGUUGAGAGACGCGUAGUUUCACAGCUAUUGACUCUCAUGGAUGGAUUGAAGGCUCGCUCAAACAUUGUUGUCAUGGCUGCCACAAACCGUCCCAAUUCGAUUGACCCUGCCCUUCGUCGCUUCGGACGCUUUGAUCGCGAGAUUGAAAUUGGUAUCCCCGAUCCUAUUGGCCGUCUCGAGAUUCUUCGCAUUCACACUAAGAAUAUGAAGUUGGAUGACAACGUUGAUUUGGAGCAAAUUGCUUCUGAAACACACGGUUAUGUCGGGUCAGAUGUUGCCAGUUUAUGUUCCGAAGCUGCUAUGCAGCAAAUUCGUGAAAAGAUGGAGCUCUUCGAUCUAGAUGACGAGACCAUUGAUGCAGAGGUUCUCGACUCGUUGGCUGUGACCAUGGAGAACUUCCGUUAUGCUUUGGGCAUCUCCAACCCCUCUGCUCUCCGUGAGACUGUUGUCGAAGUCCCUACAAUUACAUGGAACGAUAUUGGUGGUUUGGAAAAGGUCAAACAAGAGCUUCAGGAGACUGUCCAGUAUCCAGUCGAGCACCCCGAAAAGUUCUUGAAGUUUGGCAUGUCGCCUUCACGUGGUGUCCUCUUCUACGGACCUCCUGGAUGUGGAAAGACCUUAUUGGCCAAGGCUAUUGCUAAUGAAUGUCAAGCAAACUUCAUCUCUAUCAAGGGACCAGAACUCUUGACGAUGUGGUUCGGAGAGUCUGAGGCUAAUGUUCGUGAUGUCUUUGACAAGGCUCGUGCCGCUGCCCCCUGUGUCAUGUUCUUUGAUGAACUGGAUUCCAUUGCCAAAGCUCGCGGCAAUUCGGCAGGCGAUGCUGGUGGAGCAGGUGACCGUGUGCUCAACCAGAUCUUGACUGAAAUGGAUGGAAUGAACGCCAAGAAGAACGUCUUUGUUAUUGGCGCAACAAACAGACCUGACCAAAUCGAUGGUGCCUUACUGCGCCCUGGUCGCUUAGAUCAGUUGAUCUAUAUUCCCCUUCCAGACGAAGGAUCACGUCUUUCUGUCUUAAAGUCUACUCUCCGCAAGUCUCCAGUGUCGCCUGAGGUUGAUCUUUCCUUCAUUGCCAAGUCAACCCAUGGAUUCUCUGGAGCUGAUUUAACAGAAAUUUGCCAACGUGCAUGUAAACUCGCUAUCCGCGAAAACAUCGAGGCAGAUAUGCGCAGGGAAAGAGAGCGUAAGGAACGUGGUGAAGAGGGAGCCAUGGAUGAGGACGAGGAAGACUCUGUCCCUGAGAUUACUCGUGCUCACUUUGAAGAGGCUAUGAAGUUUGCUCGCCGAUCUGUACAAGACAGCGACAUUCGUCGCUACGAAAUGUUUGCACAGAACCUCCAGAGCUCACGUGGAUUUAGCUCAUUCAAGUUCCCAGAAGGCGGUGUUGGAGGAUCUGCUGCUCCAACAUUAACAACCGAGACUAACACGGUCUUUGGCCAGGACAGCACUGCAGAUGAUGAUCUGUACUCGUAA